CUAUGCAUCUUGCCUAGAACUUAAUGGUUAUGUGGUUAUUCUUUGAUAAUAUGUAACCAACUUGUCAUUUGAUCAUGGGAAAUAAUGAUUUUGAUUCUGCUGACGAAAACUGGCAAGAAAAUGGGGAUGAUUAUUAUGCAUUUUUAAAUAUACAGCGUGAAGCAACUAAAGAAGAAAUAAAUAAUGCAUACAGAAGACUCAGUCGCAUUUAUCACCCGGAUAAGCACCUGGAUGACGAUCUAAAAUCUAAAGCUGAAAUGUUAUUCAACAAAACUAAAAAAGCCUAUGAAAUCCUUUCUGAUCCUCAUCGUAGAGCAAUAUAUGAUUCUUUAGGGGUAAAAGGACUUGAAACUGAAGGUUGGGAAAUUGUACAAAGACAAAAAACUCCCUCGGAAAUAAGAGCAGAGUAUGAACAAUUAGCUGAAAAGAGAGAACAAAGGCUAAAGCAACAAAGGACAAAUCCUAGUGGAAAUGUCACAGUUGCAGUGAAUGCAACAGAUUUUUUCAAUCCUUAUGAUGAAUCGUCAUUGGAUGAUGAUUAUGAGGAUGGUUUCAGUAUACCUAAUAUUGAAAUAUCCUUGAUGCAGUUUUCACAGUCAGUUGAUUUUCCACUCACACAAAAAGACACAUGUACCUUAUCAGGCCAGCUACAUACGCAAAAUGGAACAGGAGGUGGUGGAAUUAAUUGUAGUUGGAGGCAUAUAUUUUCUCAUCGUAGUUGGGCAGAAGUUGAAAUGGCAGCAGGGAAUGGACCUGCUUUAUCAUUCAGGGGAUUCAGAACUCUAACUAAACGUUUUUUUUUAAAUGGAGGUACUGUUCUUCAGUUUACCCCAGAAGGAAUAAAGCCGGGGCUAAUGUCAACACUUGCAAUGCAAAUAGACAAAAAUUCAGUAGGUUAUUUAACCUACCAUGGAGGUAUUAGGUCUUUGAUUUCCACUUCUAUUGUGAGAGAUACAGAGUUCAACAACUUCAAUUUAGCAGUGCAGUUGGGAGUACCACAUUCCUUUGUUACUUUUAGUUAUACUAGAAAAGUGAUCAGUCAAGAAAUGAAAUUUAAACUUUUGGUAAAGAUUGGUACCUUUGGUGGUAUGCUGGAGUAUGGAGCAGAAAAAAAAGUGUCAAAACACAGCAAUCUUUCCUUUGCUGUUGUAAUUGGUGUGCCCACUGGUGUAAAACUCAAAAUUAAAUUAACUAGAGCUAAUCAAACAUACAAUUUUCCGAUUCAUUUAUGUGAGGAAGUUCUUGCGCCGCCAAUUUUUUAUGCAACUGUACUACCUGUUGUCGUGUAUGCUGUUGUGAAAAAAGGCAUAGUUGAACCAUUUCAGAAAGAACAAAAAGCAACAAGAGCAGAAAAAGAGAAAGAAAGUAACUUAAAGAAAUUAUUGGAGAAAAAAAAAGAAGCACAAGCCGCACAAGAAUUAAUGAUGGCUUCUUAUAAUAGAAUAAAAACUGAAGAAAAUAAUAAAGACGGACUCAUAAUAUUACAGGCUGUAUAUGGAAAAUUAAUUACAGAUAACAAUGUGAGAGCCAAUGAAGUUAACCAUGAGAUGAUAGAUGUUACAAUACCAGUACAAUGUUUAGUGAAAGAUAGUAAACUUCUACUUCAUGAAAAUACAAAGAGUCAACUACCCGGAUUUUUCGAUCCGUUAAUUGGAGAAGAUAAGCUAUUGUAUAUAAUGUAUACAUACAAGCAGAUACCACAUGAAGUCACCAUUAAGGAUAAUGAAGGGUUGAGGUUACCGAAAACAUCUCAUCGUUCGAAUGUUACACAAUGGAGGAGCUGAUGAGAGAUAUCGACCUGAACAAAAUAUAGCUUACAGUUAUUAUGGUAUUGUACAUAAUUGUAUUACAUAUUGUCAAUACUGAGGAUCUUAAGUAAACCUACAAUUAGGGAACAAAAUGUUUCUAUCUUUGCUAGUUUUCAAUCAGCCACUGAUAAUAAACGUUAUUUAAUGAUGA